AUGUAUUUCAAUGUCGAAGCUCGUGGUCAAGUAGUGAACGGGGUGUCCAUGGUCCCCACCGGUUACCUUCCCGAAGAAGGCCCACGGUACCUACCACUUGCGCCAGGUGUCGUCGAACAAGAAAACAAACAAAGGGAGAAGAAUUUGUACUUCCGUAAGGGAGAUGAUUUUAGGAAAUGGAAAAGCGACUACGCGGAGAUAUGGGCAGUCAGCAUUGAAGGGCACAGUCCUGAUAAUCUUUCUUCAGAGUGCCUGGAACUGGAUCAGGCGUCCUACAAGCUCUUCGAAAGCCUCACGCUGGACGGCCCGGACAGCUUCCGUCUAGCCUGGGAAAGGCUAACGAAGGAGGAAAAGUCAGAUCACUGGCCGCGUAUGUCCCUAUAUCUGCUGUACUGCGCGCCCGAUUUAGCUUGGCAAUUUCUAUAUGUCACUUGCCAAAAUGAGGAUAGGCCCGUGUUCAUGAUGGUAUGGUAUUGUUUAGACUUCCUCAGAGUGCGGUGCUCUGAAGAAGUCAUGCGCCAGGGAGUCCGCGGGAUCACAUUUGAGAAUCUGAUCCAAACCGUCUUGAAUCCUGAGUUUUGGCCCAUCAUUUUCCCGCCUCAGAGAGGUAUGCGACUUUUCAUCAAACACUCGACAAGAGAAGACUUAGAGCGCGCUUACAACCUCGUGCUCGAGCGCAAAAACAACGUCAGGCCCGAGACGUGGAUGGGUUUCAUGUGGCGGUUCACGCACUAUGGCGACAUUGAAAACGCGCUGGGGGCACUUUCACAGCUGCCAAAACUACAACGCCAGGGCUAUCUCUUGGAUCACACCAUGGUUCAGUACCACUGCUGUAAGCUCCUGUUACAGGACUAUGUGUGUGAUGGCCCCGAUGGGCGUAAUUUCUAUAUUCUCCCGAAGCUCCUUCAGAUGGGGGUGCUGCCUAGCCGCGACAUGAUGAACGUCGUUCUUUCCAACGCUUUCAAGACGGGCGAUUCACGAUUGGGACAGGACAUGCUUGAGUACAUGAAAUCUGCAAAACAUGAGUUCGAUCAGUUUACUUACCUGACCCUUCUUCGGGAUGCCGUUGAUCGUGGGGACGAGAUGCGCGUUGAAGAACUGACCGAGGAGAUCCGCCUCCGUCCCGAGGUGUACAAAAACCCGUUGAUUGCUAGUAAACUCCUCCAUGCUCGUUACGUAUUCACAGUGAAGAAUCCCGAUGCCAACGUCAGCCCCAGCGAGGUGUUCCUUGCGCUGCUGGACAUGUAUAACGAGUUGUACGACCUGACGCCGCUAAAAGACCUCACCAUUCUCCCACCGCAUUACACCCCGGAGACACCAGGCGAAAACAACCCCCCUUCAGUGGUCGCUCUGUUUCUUAUAGUCGCGUCCUACAUCCGAUGCCAGAAACAACUGCCCGUUGUGGUACGCAUCUAUACUAAAUAUAGGUCUCUCGCGUGGCAGGGACACCCUACCAUCGCUCCCAUGCAGGCCUUCCCCCAUAUAUACAACGAAUUUCUGGCUGCUUAUCGACAAAGUCCGCGUGGGAUACGACCAGCCGUGCGACUGGUGGAGGAUAUGCUGCGAGGAUCGGAAGAGGCUCCACAGAGCGCAGCCCCCGGCGGGGAGGCUAUUACGCCUUGCAAGCCAACCAUCUGGACCUGGAACAUUCUGCUCUCUAUAUUCCUCUUCAACAGACAACCCUAUGCCAUGGAAAGAGUGAGGGAAAUGAUGGGCAACCACAACGUUGAAUACGAUCAGGUUACGUGGAACACCAUCAUUCGCGCGCAGGUCAAGACCCAGAACGUCAUGGAAGUUGCUCAAAGUAUCAAAUCAAUGGAGAAGCAAGGCUUUGGAUUCAACGACCGUACCAUGAAAGCCCUCGGUUUUCUCCAUGAUCCCCAUAGGUUAUGGAUGGCUGUCAAGGAGUUGGACAACGACUUCGAACCACCCAUCGAUCAGCUUUACCCUGACUUGCACGACUUCGCAACGGGCAAGGCGAGAGAGGACGAGGCGAGAGAGAUCGAGGCGAGAGAGGAUGGGGCGAAAGAGGAUGCGGUGAAAGAGGACGAGAAUGAGGACGAAGGGUUGCUUGUGCAAGGCCUGCAACGCCUAAUCAAAACACCCUAA